AUGAAGUACCUGGUGUUUCUGCUGCUCUUUGGAUGCCAAGUAUUCAUCAGGGGCGAUGAACUUCUCGAUUCUGAGGAGCCUCCUGAGGGAUACUAUGCAUUCAUAGAGUCUCCUUCAGCAGUGCCGCCGAAAGUACGCUCGCCACCCUACACGCAUAUUAACAUCGAGUGCAAGGAAGCGACCAACCCGAAGCCGUAUGUAUCGGCUAACAACCUGUGCGGGGAUCUAAACAAGGGCAAAAUUCCUCGUAAUCCGAUGAAACAGAACGUGCUAGGCGAACCGUAUCCAUUCGAGCUGAUCCGUAAUCAGACGCUCAAGUUCUUGUCGAAGACGCUACCGGUGUUAAAAGCGGACGACACGUUGCCCAAGGUAACGCAAAUCAUUCCUGAUGAUCCUGUGGACCAGUUCGACGACAAUGGAAUUGGACGCCGAAUGGGAAAAUCGAUGCGUAUGGAGGAGGAAAGCCCACGCAUGGACGAAGAUGGACGUGCACCAAGGAAGUUCUGCGACGGCGGUGGCGUAUUUUGUGCCCUUUAUCGCGCCAUCCAGGGUGAGCCGAUCACCAGCAAGUUGGUAGCAGAACGACGCGAGGAAGCUGCCGCUGCCUACCCACCACCUCCGCGGUAUGAAGGACCCCCGACACCCUGUCCAGCCAAGGUCGAGUACGCAACACCCGUGUUCGCGAAGAACUACCAAGGAUCGUGGCGUUACGUGGUGCAGAUCCCCUACGAGGGUUACUUCACGCAAACAGUCGAAGUGACGCGGUGCUUGCAGGCUCGCUGCCACUAUCUCGACGGUGGGUGUCUGUCAUCUCCACGCUGGGUUAGCCUGCUGGUGGCGGAAAUCUUCUAUCCGAACGCCGAGGAACAACCAACCGCACCGACAACCACAACCACCACGGCACCCUCGAUCCAGGACUUCCAGGCGUACCAACAGUACCUACAGAAACGUGCCGGCUUGCCGACAGACAACGUAUACGAGGGUCCGGUCAACGGCAAUCCGUCAUCGCAACAAACUCCGACAGCAGCCGCUGCCACUUCGAAGCAAAAUCAACACUGUGAUGGACACGACGAGAUCGGAUGUUUCCAGGUGCGAUUGUACUAUGACUGGUUCCUCAUACCCGGCUCGUGCAAAUGCUGGCGGCCAGAUUACUUCGCAAAGUACGUGCGAAAACGACCAUCGCCGGAUCUGUAAGCCGCAGCAUCCUAUCCGAGGUCCCUAGCAUACUAAGGCUACCAUAGUACCCGUACACACGCACGCGCUCAUCUCAAAGGACUGACUGGAAGGCUGGUAGACUAUUUAUUAUUUAUUUCACGACGGAUCCAGCCACCUAAGCGAACGAGUGAGGUCCAAGAAACGCGCACGUUCCGGGAAACGGACCAUAUCUUGAACUCUUUAUGUUACUGCCAAAAUUAGUAAGACUGGAUAUGCAAGCACACAAGGGACGUAUGCUCACUUUCCGGUACGCUCGGAAUCCUCGGGCGUCUUAGGUUAUUAGAGGCAGUAGCUGUAGCUAUAGCGCAGUGAACCAAGGACAGCAAAGCAAUCGGUUGCGGUGUAACUUCUACUAUCCUUUUGAACUGUUCUAUCGGGGUAAAACAGAACACAGCCUGGCAGUGUCCCAAUUGUACUUGAAAAAAAAAACAGGAUGCUGUGAGGUUUUCGCAUGCGCGUCUUCUGGAUUGUGAAUGCAUUGUAAUGCGGCUCAGUCGCAGCAAUGACGUU